UGCUCUGAAAUGUGGUUGCAGUGAGUUAAGUAUGACUAUAUAUUGCCUUUUUCUCACAUCAUUUCCUGAUCCUUUGGUCUAUUGGAUCCCUUUGCUGGUCGAGAAAAUAUUUUGAUUCUGAUUUGAACUCUUUUUCAGGUCAUCGAGACUAGGGAAAGUAACUCUGUGAUUUUAACUCUUGAACUUUGCUACAACAGUUUGAAGAGACGAGAGGGCCCCAUUCCCUCCACCGCCACCGCCACCACCACGGCAGAGUGUCGUUAGUGAUUUGGAAAGUGAGGCUGCCGCCAUUGUUACACUCUCAUUUGAUCUCCGUAACCCAUCUGGUGCAGAGCCUCUAGUUCUCUUUUUCUUGAAGAUGGCUUAUGGGGUUUUGCAGGAAAAAAUGGAAAAGAAAGAAGAAUUCUACAUGGGCUUUUAUAGCCCAAUAAAGGCCCAAAACAUAGACAAACAGCAGGCCUAAUGGGCUCCACAGAAAGUCUAGAGCCCAAGUUCCAAAGUAGGGUUUUUGACAAACUUUUGUGCUCUGUUUCUGCUUAUAUAGCGAACCCUUCCAGUCUCUGUUCCCCUUCACCUCCUCUGUUUCUUCUCUUCUCUAGAAGAUGUUACAUCCUUGCCGUGAUUCUGCAGACUUCAUCUUCCGCUCAUGCAUUUUCAUCAAGGGAGCUGCUAUUUACAGUGUCCCGUCCUCUUCUGCAGCAACUCUCCCCUCGGACGCGAUCAAUGCGCCUCUCCAUGUAAUUGAAGAGGAGAUGAAAGCUUUGCGAUCCUCAUUAUCUAACAUGGAGGCCAGCCAACAUAGAAUGGAGGCGAGCCAAUACAGAAUGGAGGCGAGCCAACAAAGAAUGGAGGCGAGCCAGCACAGAAUGGAGGCGAGCCAACAAAGAAUGGAGGCGAGCCGGCUCAGAAUGGAGGCGAGCCAGCACAGACUGGAGACGAGCCAACACAGAAUGGAGACGAGCCAACACAGAAUGGAGGCGACGAUGAGGCUGAUCCUUAUAGCUCUUGAGCGGUUGAGCCCACAGGACCCUGCAUAUACCUCUGACAGCGGAUCGGAUUUCUAAGUCCCGCCGAAAGAUCCCGCUUCUUCUGAUUGGGCUUCCCAGGUUCUGUUCUUUUCAUGUAUAUUUGGAACAAUGUGAAAUAACUUGAUUAAUGUCUGCUGGUGAUGACAAUAAGAAGAUAUUAAGAAGUGAGAAGUAGGUAAGUAGCAGAGUAAAGACAGAGAUUAAUAAGGAGCAAGAAGCUCUUUGGUUUUCAUUUAAUUCAAAAGUCAGUUUUACAA